ACCGGCAGCGUCAGCACCUCUGCAGAUCCGAUCCGAGUUCUGGAUUGCGUUCCGGUUCAGCGACACUUGAACUUUAUUUACAGGCGAACCGGGCCCAGAUUUUUCUCUGUGAAUUUUCGGUUGAAAGUUGAGACGAAUCUGUCUCAGUGUCUCACUCCUGCGAAACGAAGACCGAGACUGCAGCAGCAACAUUCAGGUUAAACUAAAGAUCAUCCAUGGUUUGAGGAAUCAUUGGCCUUCAGGUUUCUAAGUCUCAUCAUCAUCUGUGUCUCCUUGCGGUGGAAAGCUCCAUGAUGGCCGAUGAUUUUGUUCCCAUCCCCCCUGAUAUGGCCCACUGGAUCAAACUCAGCUCCAAAGAGCUGAAGAUCCGGCAGAAGGACCGCUGCUGGGCUUCGGUGGUAGUCAACGACUUCCGGGAAAACCUGCUGAAGUUCCUGAAAAGCAGCAGUGACCAGCCUUUGUUCCAGUCAGUGGAGUUCCUCAACACAGGAAGCUACUUUGAGAAAGUCAAGAUCCACAGCCCAGAUGAGUUCGACAUGAUGCUGAAGCUUCAGGUUCCCUCAUGCUUAUGCACCACCAAGCUCGACGCCGGCCUAUUCUACAGGAUUGAUCUGACCCGACCCACUCGCCACCCCAUCAAGGACUUUCUCUUGGAAAACAAUCGGACCUUGUCGUCCAGUAAAAUCCUGACUGAGAUGUUUCGGCUCAUCCGCAAGUUCCUCAAGACCUACAGAGUUCCUGAUAGACGCUGCAGAUGGGAGGUGAACAAGAAGAAACCAAACUCUCCUGCCGUCACUUUGUCUCUGUGCAGGAAGGAGAUCAGCGGAGAGGAGCUGAUUUCUGUGGACGUGGUUCCUGCUCUGGAGGUCCAGAGCUGGCCGCUUGCAGUACGAAAUGGUCCAGAUGUGGACAACUGGCUGGGAAAGAAGCUUCGACAGGAAAUCAAAAGUUUGCCUUGUUACUUUGUACCAAAAAGACAGAAAGGACGAAAACUGGGUGAAGACGCCAAAGAGAGCUGGAGGAUUUCUUUCUCCCACAUUGAGAAGAAAAUCAUCAAGUCUCAUGGCAACAAGAAAACCUGCUGUGAGAGCAGAGACACCAAAUGCUGUCGAAAACAGUGCCUAAUGCUGCUGAAAUCUCUGAUUGAGCGUCUAAAACAACGUUUUCCCAAAGACCUGGAGGACCUCUGCUCGUACCACGGGAAGACGGCCUUCCUGCACACUCUGUCUGCCAGGUUUGAUGACUCCUCGUGGGCUCCUCAGCAGCUUCCCGCCUGCUUCCUGCACCUUGUCGGGGCUCUGCAGGACCACGCUGAGAGAGGCUUUCUCCCCCACUUCUUUGUCCCUGAAUGCAACCUCUUUGCGACGUCCGUGUUCCCUCGCAAAGCUCGGGUGUUCCUGGUCAACGUCCUGGAGGAGCAGAAGAGGGAAGGUUUGCCACUGCUGAAGCCUCCAGCUCUUCUUCCUCCUCUAACACCAACAACAGUCGGACCAGAAGUAAACGCAGGAGAACUCAGUGAAACAUCCCACCCACUGAUUUCUUCUGAAUGUCUGAAGUUCAUCCUGGUGUUUGUUUUAGUUGUCGGCCUGGGCUUUAAUUUCCUCUGUUUUUAACUUGGCCAAAACAUGACGGAUAUGAGGGAAAUGCAGAAAAACAGAAAACCGAGAGAGUUAUUCUAUUCAGUUUAUUUCUAUAAAGCCAAUUCCCAACAAAUCAUCUGGAGGCCCUUAUAAAGUCGAUUCAAUCGAUCAUACAGAUUCCAAGUCAGGUGCAUCCUAGCAGUCAGUUUAUCCUAAAUCUGUGCAGGAAAAACUCAAUUUUUAUUUUAAAUUUCUCAGAUUUCUCUGUUAUUUUGGUCUCUGAUCAGGCAUAACAUUUGACUAGCCCAGGUGAAGUCAGCAAGCCUAAUUAUCAAUUCAUCAGGCUAUAAGUACUUUGGGUCAGCAGUCCAGAGCCAUGGUGAGGGUGGAAAAGAGGUGAAGAAACGUGUCCAGACAGGUUGGAACAAGUGGAGAAAGUGUCAGGUGUGUUAUAUGAUACCAGUCUCAGUGAGAAUGAAAGGAGAGGUGUAGAAGACGGAGGUGAGGCCAGCAUGUUCUAUGGUUUAGAGACAGGAAGCGGAGCUGGAAGUAGCAGAGAUGAAGAUGUUGUGGUUCUCUUUGGGAGCGACACUGAUGGAUCAGGAAUGAGGACAUCAUAGGGAAAGCUCAUGUUUGAUGUUUUGGAGAAGAAGCCACAGCGGAGAGAUAGUGAGGCUGGAACUGCCAGGCAGGAGGCCUAGAGGAGGACCAAAGAGGAGGAGAAGAAAGGACAUGACGGUAGUGGGUCUGACAGAAGAAGAUGCAGAAGAUAGAUGGAGACAGAUGACUCGCUGUAGCGACCCCUGAAAAGGAAAAGCCAAAAGAAGAUCUAUUCAUCAAGCUGUUUGUUAGGCAGCUUAUGAAAAUUUUGUCCUCAAAGUUGAUUUGUCACAACAUUUCAAAUUUUAUCUGAUCUAAUAUUUUGUUUGUUUAAAACAAUUCUUAUAAGAUUUUCAUGAGGUUUUUAUUUUGAAUUCAGAAAAAUUAUUAUUUUAUGAAUCAUUAAAGAACUUUCCUUGUGAAACAAGAAAUGUAUAAAUAUUCUGCUGUAUAAUAAAAUCUCAGGUUUUAUAUCUA